AUGAAGGUCACGCCCACGGUAUUUGUCGCACUCCUUUGUGUGCACCAGCUGGUGCUUGGUCAAGUAUUGACCAUGUCAGCAUGUGCAACAAAUUGCACUGUCCAAUUGACUAGUCGCUUUACUUCCUGUUCGGGGAUCCAGUGCUUCUGUGAUGAUCAUAAGCUUGCACAGCUCGGCUUUGAUUGUUUCGAGGAGAAUUGCACUGUCCGGGAGGCUCUGGUCGGUCGCAACAUCACCUCACUCACUUGCCAGUUUCCCAACAGAGAUAGGGGAGCCGUCAGUUCGGCCGUAACAUUCACUUCUUUGGCGAUAGCUCUUGGCUUUGUGAUUACCAGAGCUAUUGUUUUUGGAAUCAGCAAAAUAUGGGGUUGGGACGACAUUGCAACUGGUCUUGCAACUAUCGUCAUGAUCGGCAACGCCGUAUGCAAUCCGAUAUCACGACGUUUCGGGUAUGGCAAGGACAUUUGGAGAAUACCAUUCAGUGAUACAAAUGAGGUGCUGAAGGUAUUUUUCAUUGGUGGCGUCUUCUACACAAUCGGAGUCGCACUUAUCAAGAUCGCCUUUCUAUGCUUCUACCUCAAACUAUUUCCAUCUCGCGCCUUCCGCAAGGUUGCUUAUCCGCUAUUGGGAAUCUGUUUUGUGUAUGGUAUCGUAUUCACAUUUUUGUUCAUCUUCCAGUGUAGUCCUGUCUCCUACACGUGGAUGCAGUGGGAUGGAGAGGCGGAUGGGAAAUGUCUGAACUUCGACCUGGGUGCUGUCAUUCAUGCCAUCAUCAAUAUCUUUGUUACACUGGUGAGCAUUCUUCGACUUUAUAGCAUGGUACAGUUGGAUGGCAGCAUGAACCAGACCUGGGAUUUCAUACCGUUUGGCUAUUUCACAGAUCUUGAAUUCAACGUCGGUAUUGCCUGCAUCUGCAUGCCCUCAAUUCGUGUUGUGCUACGUCGAUACUUCCCAAACUGUGGAUUGGCAACAACAGAAGGCAGUUCGAUGAUUGGCCCAAGCAAUCAGCAAGCACCGCGACUGGUCAAGAUCUCUGGGAAGAAUCUAUCAAGAUCAACAAAUCAUCGAGCCACCGCAGAUACAAGUUCAGAUCGAGUUGAACUCUACCCAUACAACCGAGCUCAGGAAGUAACUUGA